GCGGCACCCGGCGGUCCCUGAAUGAUGCGGCUGACUCGGAAGCGGGUCUGCUCCGUGCUGCUCGCUGCCUACUUGCUGUUCUCCCUCUAUGCCGCUUACUGCUUGUUUCUGAAACCGCGCCGCGCUGCUGCUUCGUGGGCGAGCCAGAGAGAGAAGCUCGGGCGAGAGCAUUUUAUUUUGGAAAUGGAAGAAUGGAACCCUUGGGAAGCUGAUGAGCAAAAUAGUUUACAACAGAAGUCUGCAAGUAGUCUGCAACUUUUAAAAGAGAAGAAACUGCCGCAGGAACAAACAGAUCUCAGAGUACAAAUCUGGGGGAAAGCUGCUAUUGGCCUUUACUUGUGGCAGCAUAUAUUUGAAGGUCUGCUUGAGCCUGCAGAUGUGUCUGCCCAGUGGAGAGAAGGAAGCCUAAAAGCAGAAAAAUCAUUCUUCAGCUUUAUCACAGGUCCAUCUGUACUCCCCGGGUACUUCUCAGUAGAAUCUCCCAAUGUGGUUCUUGUGCUGAACGGCAGAGAAGAAGGGAAGAUCUCUUACGCCGCUCAGUGGCUGCAUUAUGUACAGACAUUAGUACAAACUCGCAAGCUGCAGCAUGUUGCUGUUGUUUUGCUUGGAAACGAACAGUGUAGAAAUGAAUGGAUUUACCCUUACUUAAAAAACUACGGAGGAUUUGUGGAAUUACUUUUCUUAAUAUAUGACAGUCCCAUGGUGAAUGAAGAAGAUAUUUUCCAGUGGCCUUUGGGAGUAGCUACUUACAGAAAUUUUCCUGUAGUUGAACCAAGCUGGUCAAUGCUUCACACUCCACGCUUGUACCUGUGUAAUUUUUUAGGAACAGUUUAUAAAAACUCAUCAAGAGAGACCCUAAUGGAAGUGCUGAGGCAAAAUGAGCUUAAUAAGGUCUGUUGGAUUUCCACCAGAGAAGAGUGGUGGCCACAAGAAACCAAUGAAAGCCUUCGGAACUAUCAAGACGCUUUGCUCCAGAGUGACCUCACGUUAUGCCCUUUGGGUGUAAACACAGAAUGUUACAGAAUUUAUGAGGCUUGUUCGUUUGGUUCUGUUCCUGUUGUAGAAGAUGUAAUGACCCCAGGCAAUUGUGGAAAUUCAUCUAUGUACUACAAUGCUCCAUUGCAAUUAUUAAAGACCAUGGGAGCUCCCUUUAUCUUUAUUAAAAACUGGAGAGAGCUUUCUGCUCUUUUAGAAAAAGAGCAACGCAUGACUUUGCAACAAAAGAUUCAAAGAAGAAAAAAGCUCAUGGAAUGGUAUCGGUAUUUCAAAGAACAAAUGAGACAAAAAUUUAUUAGUACAUUGGAAAGUUCAUUUUUACCUAAAGAUAAAGGCGGUUAGUUAUAAUUUUUAUGACUUUUCAGUGAGUUUGUGCCAGCUUAAAGAAACAAUACAGGUAAUUAGAAAACAGUUUCUUCUCAGCAGUUUAUCUAACUGCAGGGAUGCUCUGUCAAUGGAGACCCGGGCCCAGCGGGACAUAUUAUUGUUCCACCGGGCCUGUAAGACAGAGCUGUUCCACCAGGCGUUCGGUGGUUGAAGGGGGCGCUGCCAUGUCAGCCUCCCACCUUUGGGGUGGGGGGGUCCUCCCCACCAUUGCACUUGGUUAAUUUAUUUCAUUAUUGUUUUGUAUAUUGAUUUUAGUAUUUUUUUUUGUUUUUAUCGAUUUUAAACUGU